AUGGAUCGAAACGGCAGCAGGCAGGAUUCCCAGCCCAUGGCGAAGCGACAGGCGUACCCAGAAGACCUCCGCCAGCUCGAUCGGCGACCAUGCCAGCCUCAGGAUACGAACGUGGUUUGGGGCAGGGUGCUCUAUGGUGGUUACCUCGACUCGUUCGUCGUCGUGCGGACGCUGAGCUUGGUCUGCCACGCCUUCCGCGCGCUCGCCCACGACCAUGCCCGCAUCAUGGAUCUGCACUCGACGCUCGAGAUUCAUGAGCUCCUCGCAAGCUGCGUGCUACCGCGGUAUCCAUCCAUAGCGCGCCUCUCGCUCAAGUGGACGCUCUGCACGGACGCCACGCUGGCCCUCGUGGCCCAGCACCUGCCCCGUCUGACGCACCUCAACCUUCACGGGUGCAAGCGCAUCUCGGACGAUGGCUGCAAGUACCUUGCGCAGCUCUCGCAGCUGCAGUUCCUAGACCUCUCGUUUUGCCCGCGCAUUGGCGACUUCGGGCUGCAGCACCUUCGCGCCCUGCGUCUCGAGUCGCUCAAGCUCAACAUGUGCCGGAACGUGACCGACGGUGGUCUCCUGGCGCUUCAGGACAUGCCCUCGCUGCUGGAACUGGGCCUGAGUUGUACACAAAUCACAUCCGUGGGACUUCUUAGCUUGGCCAACAACAGCGCUGCGAACCUGCACGUGCUCGAUCUCUCGGGCUGCGCGGUCGACGACGCGAGCGUUGCUGCUGUGCUCAAGGCCGCGCCACGGCUCUGGUACGUCACCCUCGCGCACUGCAAGCUCCUUACGACGCACUUUUGGCAGCUCACAAAGUCCUUUGGCCUUACGUCUCUCCGUGUGCUCGAGCUGCGGGGCAACCGCAGUAUGCUCGCGCUCAGCACCGACCCGAACGCGCCGUCCGCGCGGUCCAUCGAGCGCCAAACGCGGCUCUGGUCGGUCCUCUUCGCCAAGCAAUGCCCACACCUCGCCUUUCUCAACAUUGCAUCCUGCGACUGCCCGCCAGAGCUCAAGAAGAAGCUCAUGGAGACCAUGCCCAAGCUCGUCGUCGACGAUGGCACGGCCGAGUACCCGAUCGGGUGCAGCUGCGAGAGCGCCCGCGACGUAGAGAGUCCACCCACGUCGCGACGUGCACGCCUGCCACGCCAAGCCCGCCCGCACUAGACCCUUGUCGCCAGCCCGCAUCAUAAACACACGCCUAUUACAUGAUGAUGUACAGUCCACA